CGGAAACCUAAGUGUUAUUUCUAACACAUAUUUGUUCGCACCAUUUUUCGCUCACUGGUUGUUCUACUUUGUCAGAUUCUCGCAUACCCUGUAUUGCACGCUCAUCCUGCACACUGUCUUUACACUAGGCCAAAAUCUGCCGAGAGUUGAAAUUUGCACAGUUUUUAAAUGCGACUCCCUUUGGAUUCAUAUGGAGUAGACUUGCAUGUUCAUCUAGAUGGUGCUAUUAGGCCAGAAACAUUAUUUGAGAUAUCGAAUGACCAAAAAUCCAAAGUCUCGUUUCAAAAUUUAGAAGAACUUAAAAGAAAGCUAAUGCCUAGAAAGCCCCACAGCCUGAAAGAUUUUCUGAAAGCUUUCGAGAUAAUCAUACCAUUAGUUGCCGGUAAAAAGGAGGUUUUGGCGCGUAUUUGUGAAGAGUUUGUUGAAGAUUGUGUAAAACGCGGUGGUUUAUGUUAUGUGGAAACAAGAUAUUGUCCAUUUCUAUUAACUGAUUCUAAAUGUAGCGCAGAGGAAGUAUUAAAAACAAUUUUGGAUGCACUUAACAGAGCCAGCAAAAAGCACGGGAUAGAAGUUCGUUCUAUUUUAUCAAUUAUGAGACAUAUGCCUGAGACAGCUAAAGAAACAUUAGACUUAGCCAAAAAUUAUCAACCACAUGGAGUCGUUGCAAUCGAUAUUGCAGUAAACUGUUGUCCUCAUAUAGUUUGGUUACGUGCAAUUUUAUACUAUCAACAUCGAUUAAAUCUCAGUAUAUCCUACAAAAAGUAGCUGUGUAUGAAGAGUACCAUCAAAUGAUACACGACUAGUCAAUAUUCAGGUUAUCAUCAAAGUAAUAAUACGAUCCUGAAUGCCCACAAAGAUCCUUCAACACAUUGCGUUAUAAACUAUUAUUGAACUAAGUGAACUUUAAUUACCUUGCUCUCUGCUUGAUUUCGAAUAAACUAAAACUGUUUGCAGAGAAUAACGAGAUCAAUACAUGUACUUUUCGACGAUUAUUGGUGGGACACACCGAAAACCUAUAGCAUGUCAUUGAAUGGAUCAUUGAUGUUCUUAAUUACUCAACAGAAUGAAAUACCAUUGGUUCAUCUUGCAUCACAAAAAUGAGUUCAAACAAGUCGUAAACCAUUAUUGUAUGAUGUUGGUGAUACAUUUUAAUAAAAAGGUGAUAAAUUUUUGUCCAUUUUCCUAAGGAACUAUUUCAGAUUUUUGUGUAUAUUCCCAGAUAGAUAGAAUCAGAAAUCAUUAGUAGCAAUGGUUAUGGAUCAACUGUUCCGUCAAUUGAUUUAGCUUAAUUACUUAACACUUUACAAAUGAUACUCAAUUAAGCAUUGUCACCAAGCAACCUAGUACUUGAAAAACUAUCAGAACUUCAUAAGUUCCUUAAAUUGAAUAUUGACUCAUAAGGAACCUAGCAGUUCAAAGCGUAAUAACUCAUUCGGAAGUCAAUUUUCAUCUUGCACUAUACAUUCAAGUUCUAAUUAAUCAAGUUACAAUAGAAUAUUUAAAAUCUAACAGCUAUCAACUUCAAAGUAUAACCAACGUUGUAUAGGUAAACAAAGUUCAGUUUCAUGCGUCAAUGCAAUCUACUUGUAAGAAUCACAUCUAUAUCACACAAGUUUAAAACGUAUUUCAUUUGUUUGUUGACAUGAAUAACUCAAACAAAACUUCAAUUAUUUAAAUAAUUAAAAUAGACCAAGUUAAAACUUUUAUAAAUAAAUUUCCCAUAGAAUAUUCAAAAAAAAAAGAAUAUAUGAGCGAUAAAUCGUUUUCAAUAACUUCAUCAUAUAUAAUUAUUGUAAUAUUUUGCAAAGGCCAAAAUAAAGUAUUCAUUAAUGGAUUUGACAAUGUUAUAUGUUAAAAAAUGAUGAACUAUGGUAUCCGUCACGACACAAAUACUUCGAAAUAGUGUCAUUUGUAAGUUAGGUCAUUUAAUAAAGGUUGGAAUGCUUCGUUGUGAAUUGUCAAGUUAUAAUAAUGAUAAACUAAAUCAUGUGAACAAACCAACUUCCAGCUGAAGAGGAAACUAGGGAAAAACGAUGAAAGUGGAUAGGACGUACGCCGCAGAAUGUAUCAGACUGCAUCGCGAGGCAAGUGCUAACUUGGAAUUCUGAAUGGGAACGAAAAAUAGGGAGACCAAAAAACACACUGCUUUGGGAAUUGCAAGCAGACAUGAAAAGAAUCAAUCGUAACUGGAAACAACUCGAAAGAAUUUCCCGGGACAUAGUCGGAUAAAGAAUACUGAGGAGUGGCUUAUGCUCCUCCAUGAGGAGUGACGAACAUAACGAAGUAAAAUUGUGUGAAUAAAAUGCAUAGCAGGAGUACUUCGUCUUGUGAAUCUGAUAAAUUCUUAAAAAAACAAGUACCAUCUACUCUGACUUAAAGAAGCAUUUCAUUUAUCGUUUAUUUAGUUAGAAAGACAAAACUCGAAUAUCAAGUAAACUAUUUAGUCUAUCAUAUGGAUUCAACUCGUUUAAACUGAAAUAUGUCUAUAUAGUUAAAGUAUUGUUUUCCUCUUUUAAACAUUUGUAAAUAAUUCUCUUUUAAAACGAGAACAACAAUGAAUAUUUCAGCAGAAUAAUAUAGAUUCGUGUGAUUAUGUUAAGUCCUUGUUAAUUAAUUCUACAAGCAAAUUAGAAUAUAUUAAGGUUAAAAUUAUGCAUACAAGUUGUAUCAUACUUAGCUACAGGUGAAAUUCGUUAGAAGUGAACUUUUCUUUUAUCGUGUUAGAGUGAAGAUUCCAACCAAGUUAUUGAGAUUUGAAAUAAAUGUUACAUAUAAAUAUAAGAUUCUAGAAUAUUGUAAUGUGAACUGAAGGUCAUAGAGCUGAAAAUUCAAUAGAUUACAUAAUUGGAUAUUCAAUGUUAUAGAAUAUUAUCUUGCAUAUUGCAUUUAUUUGUAACAUUUAUUUCAAAUCUCAAUAACUUGAUUGGAAUCUUCACCAACACGAUAAAAGAAAUAAUCACUUCUAACGGACUUCACCUGUAGGUUAAUAUGAUAUAACUUGUAUGCAUAAUUCUAACCUUAAAAUAUUCUAUUUUACUUACAGAAUUAAUUAACGAGGACUUAACGUAAUCACACGAAUCCAUAUUAUUCUACUCAAAUCUCCAUUGUUGCUCCAAUCAAAAUAAUUAAGAUAGAAUUUUGGUUAUAAUAAUUCAUAUUUAUUAUUAUUAAUUGUUUGUUGUAUCAUAGGUGAUGAUUCAGUCUUGAAACUUCAACGCGUCCCUGAAGAAAUUGUCCAGACAUUUGAAAAUGCUAAAAAAGCUAAUAUUCAUCGUACUGUACAUGUUGGUGAAAACAGUUCAGCAAGUAGUGUCUAUGAGGCAGUGAAUAAUUUAUAUGCUGAACGUAUUGGCCAUGGAUAUCACAUCUUAGAUGAUGAAAAUGCAUAUAAGUCUCUACUUGAAACCGGUGUACACUUUGAAGUAAGAAUAAACAACAACACACGACACAUUUUAUGCCUUUUUUCCAAGGAGGAAAAAAAUAUUUUUUUCAUUGGAGUCAUGAACCGAUCUAAGUUGGAUAACCACUGAAAACCUUGGAGCACUGGAUAGCCGUUUUGUCCUAGUGUUGGAAUCCUCAGCAGUGCACAUCCACCACAUCGCAUACGGGAAUCAAACCCAAGCAUUCGAGCUCGAGCCCGAACGACGUGGUCCGUGUCCAUUGCUUUCAGGUUUUCAGUGGUUGUCUAACUCAGAUCGGUUCGUGAUUCUAAUGAAAUUCAACGAUCUCCACAGCUCCUAACUAACAUAUUUAUUUUCACAUCAGUUGUAGCACAUCAUGUUAAUGGAUAGAUUAUACUGCUUAUAAAAUGUUCACUGAUUAUUGUUUUGUAGCGUAUUUUGAG